GCGGCAGGACAGUCAAAACCAUUCCGCAUAAAGACCGGCGUGCAUCAGGGAUCGGUGCUCUCUCCUCUACCCUUCAGCACAGUCAUGGAUGCAGUGACGGAAGGUCUCAACAGACAGCCUCCAUGGGCUCUUCUGUAUGCAGACAAUGUGGUGUUGAUGGCAGAAAACAGAGAAGAACUUGAAGAAGAAACACAGAGAUAG